AAUGCCAUCUGGACUGCUAUGAGAUUGAAGUGAGAAGGAUCAUCAAUGAUGGAUGGUCGUUGACCAUUUAGUGCAACUACCUCUCAUUUUAGUGGGGAAGCAUCUGCAUUGGCUUUGACAAAUACAGUUUAAAAUAUUUUAUUGGAUCAAACUUUUCUUAGGGAUAUGAAUUCCAGUUUACUAUAUGGAAUUUUUGUAAAAAUCACUUCUCGCUUUUAUUUCUUCCUUAUUCAAUCAUGAGAUUUUUGUCGGUUUAUAUUGGCAAGAUACUUCGGCUAAUUUCGUUAAUUUGGCAGAUACUAGGCAGCACCUACAUAGCUACACUGCUAGUUCAACCUUUGCUUCCUGCAUGGAUAUUCAAUCAUGAGAAUUGCUGCUUUUUGCUAGUUCAGACUGAUGCUGAUGGUCUUGUCAAUAGAGGGAACACAUUUAAGGAGAUUGGUAGAGUUACUGAAGCAAUUCAGGAUUAUAUACGUGCUGUGAAUAUCAGACCAACUAUGCCUGAAGCCCAUGCAAAUUUGGCUUCAGCUUACAAAGAUAGUUUACAAAUCUCAAGUACUCCAGAGUUGAAAUUGAUGAAGUGCGGUUCGAGUGGGGCUCAUCUGAACCCAUUUUCUGGCCUUCUCCUCGAGCAAGCUUUCGAUCCAGCUUCUCAUGCAUCGGAAACGCCGCGCGCUUCCUUCUCGUUAGGCAGCGUUCUCUUCUGCAACACCUCGUCCCUCGGACGUAUCGAACCUGUUGACUCGUUCUCGUGUCGUCCUUCUCGCUAG